GUCAGCAGGGGAGUAGUUCACCGCCGCCAGGGCGCGGCAGCUCUCCCCGCCGACUGCGUGGCCGGCCAUCUCGCAGGCAUCGCGGCAGCCCUGGGGCUCUCUGGCGGCGCCCCCUUGGCUCGCCCGGCCGAGCUGCCCCUGCCCAGCCAGCUGCACAUUCACACACACACAGAAACAUGUACCCGCCUGGCAGGCACCCCAGGAGGAAGGCCCGGACAGGGGCUCCUCGCCUGAUUGACUGAGUCAAGCCAGUGCCGACUCCUCGCGACCCCAACCCAGAGAGUCCUUCUCUCCAGGGCGGCCUGCCUGCCUGCCACUGGGCCUUGGAUGCCUCUCAGGGGCCCGUCGCACAGGUAAAAAGCUUCGUGUCAAAGGAUGCUCUCAGCUGCCUUGCCACAAGGAAACAAAGUUCAAGACUGCCGUAGUGCUCUGUGCCAAUUUUUCUGAGCUCCUUCAUCGGUCUCACCCUUAUUUCACUUUAAAAGAGGGAAGACAAAGCAAGGUUUGAUGUUUUGUGUGGCACCUGACGGAACAGGUCCCAUCAUGAAUGUGACGAAGGGCGGGCUGGUGCUGUUCUCGGCCAAUUCCAAUCCAUCCUGCAUGGAACUAUCCAAGAGAAUUGCUGAGCGCCUGGGAGUGGAGAUGGGCAAAGUUCAGGUUUACCAGGAGCCAAACAGAGAAACCAGGGUGCAGAUUCAAGAGUCUGUAAGAGGAAAAGACGUCUUUAUCAUCCAGACCGUUUCAAAGGAUGUGAAUACGACCGUCAUGGAACUCCUGAUCAUGGUAUAUGCCUGCAAAACGUCUUGUGCCAAAAGCAUUAUUGGCGUGGUCCCCUACUUCCCCUACAGCAAGCAGUGCAAGAUGAGGAAAAGGGGCUCCAUCGUCUCCAAACUGCUGGCAUCGAUGAUGUGCAAGGCUGGUCUAACUCAUCUGAUCACCAUGGAUUUGCAUCAAAAAGAAAUCCAAGGGUUCUUCAAUGUCCCAGUCGACAACCUGAGAGCAUCUCCAUUCCUACUACAGUACAUCCAAGAAGAGAUUCCAGACUAUAGGAAUGCUGUGAUUGUGGCCAAAUCUCCUGCGUCUGCAAAGAGGGCGCAAUCCUUUGCCGAGCGCUUGAGGCUGGGGAUUGCUGUGAUACACGGAGAGGCUCAAGAUGCAGAGUCUGACUUGGUGGAUGGCCGGCACUCCCCUCCAACCGCCAAGAGCGUCGCUGCCAUUCAUCCCAGCUUAGAGAUUCCCAUGCUGAUUCCAAAAGAGAAACCUCCCAUCACAGUUGUUGGAGAUGUAGGCGGAAGGAUAGCCAUCAUCGUGGAUGACAUCAUAGAUGACGUCGACAGCUUCCUUGCCGCUGCCGAGACACUCAAAGAAAGAGGCGCCUACAAGAUUUUUGUAAUGGCCACCCACGGGCUCCUUUCCUCGGAUGCUCCCAGGUUGAUAGAGGAGUCUGCAAUCGAUGAGGUGGUGGUCACCAACACGAUUCCUCACGAGAUACAAAAACUCCAGUGCCCCAAAAUUAAGACUGUGGAUAUUAGCAUGAUCCUCUCAGAAGCCAUCCGCCGAAUCCACAAUGGGGAGUCGAUGUCAUACCUUUUCAGGAAUAUAGGCUUGGAUGAUUGAUCCCUCCUUCCAGGCUUUAAACGAUGAUAAUUUCAGGGGCCAAACUGGACAUGUACAGAAAUGUGAAGCGUUUGUGGCUUAAACUUUGUAUUUCGAUGGAACCCAUUACUGUUUAGUUGCUUCCCUCCCCACCUCGCUGCCCCCACAGUGGUUUAAAUUUAGUAGAUGAAAUUUCCAGAGCUAUUUUUUCUUUGCCAUUUUUUGAGAAAAAUUGACUUUAACAAAAAGAACAAAAAAAAAAUUGAAAAAAAUUCUUGUUGUCAUUAGGCUAGCUGCAUUCUUUAUUAAUGGUGGAAUCCUCUGGGAAGUUCUCCUCCUGCACAAGUCUUGUAUGAAAGAAACUGUAGUUUACACUCCAGCUGCACGGUCUUGGAAGAACAGCUUUGUCUCCCGGGGCUGAUUCCAUCGGUGGAUUAGCUCUUUGGGUCAGAUGCUUAGGCCCCUCUCAUAAAUACUUGUUUUUUCUAGAUCUCCAUCUGCCUGUAAACGGGGGGGUUCCCAGCCUGGGGUAAAACUUGCUUGUAAGUGAAAACUAGCCCUGCGUCCUGUGGAACUCCUCAACCACAAAAGCAAAUGAGGCCUUCUGCCUUGCUCUUGAGCAACUGCUGUUCAUUUCAGGGAGGCUGGCACAAGAGAAUUUCCCAGAGGAUUGGGCCCUAAGAAUACAACUCGCGCACACAGAAGGUUGAAGAUCGUGACUCUUUCACGUGACAUUCCUGUUUUCCAGAACAGCUUGCUUACAAGUGCUUUAAAGGGUUAAUUUAAAAAAAAUGUAGCUACUGUAUAAAAUUUGCAUCUGAGAAGCCAAAAAAGAAAAAGUUGCACUGUUGUACGCAGUUCAGUGACAUUUUUUUUGUAGAAGUGCUUUUAUAGGAAAAGCAUAUGAAAUAUGCACCGGUAUUUAUUUUCUGCCGCAAGAAUAAAAGGUUUUUGUUUUUGUGUGA